AUGGCUGAUGAAGGAAUGGAUAUUAAUCAUCAUCAAAACUUAUCAAUUUGUAUACGUUAUUGUGAUCAGGAUACAGGUGAACCAAUAGAAUCAUUUAUUGGUUUAUUGAGAAUAAAAGACAAAGAUGCACAAACAAUAUUUAAUACAAUUGCUAAAGAAUUAGAAGAUAAAAAUAUUGAUUUGAGAAAAAUUCGUUUUACUGGUUUUGAUGGAGCAUCCGUGUUCAGUGGAGAGUUUAAUGGCGUAUCUGCAAAAUUUUGUCAAACAUAUUCAAAUUCCAUAUUAUUUAUUCAUUGUCGUUGCCACGUAUUACAGUUAUGCUUAUUAACAGCAUGUGAAGAUAUACCUGAAGUUAAAGAAUGUUUAUCAACAUUAAAAUCUUUAAUAAAUUUUAUUAAUCGAUCAUCUAUUAGAUUGUCACGUUUCAAUGAUAUUCAAACAUUAUUACAAUGUUCACAAAUAAAAUUAGUUCAACCAGGUGAUACACGAUGGUUAUCAUAUUUUCGUUCUAUUAAUGUUAUUCUUCGUUGUUAUGAACCAUUAAUAAUUACACUGGAACAUAUAUCUAAUGAAAGAGAUGAAGAAAGUCCAACUGCAGCUGGUCUACUUUCAAUUUUAGGAAAUCAAUUAACAAUAUUUCUAUUACAUAGUUUAGAACCAGUUCUUGAAGCACUUGCAAUAUUAUCAAAGUGUAUACAAACAAAAAAUGCUGAUUUUAGUCUACUUGAACAAUCGAUGCUUGGAGUAUUACUACGAUUAGAAGAAUUAAAAGAUAUUAACAUUAAUGAGUAUAAAAAAAUAUUGGAGAUUAUUGAUAAAAUUAAAAUAUCAUUCAAUGAUCAUGCCCAUGUUACACGUGUAAAAACUCGAACAAAUGAAAUUAGCAUAGAACAACAAUUUAAUGAUAAAAUAGUCAAGUUUAUUGAUUCAAUUAUAUUUAAUAUAAAAGCUCGAUUUGAAACAAAUGUAUUAAAAUUGUUAAAUUGUUUUCGUAUAUUUGAUGUUAAUGAAGUAUUAGAUGAGCCACAAUAUGGUGUUCGAGAAAUUAACAUGAUAAAACAACAGUAUCCUAAUGACUUUAAUGAUGAUUUAUUAAACGAAUGGAAAGUAUUUCGAAAAUAUUUAUUUAUAAAAAAACAAGAGAAAUCAACAGCUGUUUUAUCACAACGAGAAAAUUGUAUUGAUUUGGUUAAAAAAGGAAUGUUACGAAAAAUGUACCCACAAUUAUCACUAGCAGCUGAAAUAUUUUUAUGCGCGCCAAUUAGUACAGCGACAGUAGAACGUGACUUCAGUACAAUGAAUAGAAUAUUAACUGAUUUACGAAAUCGUUUAACAACAGACCAUUUACAAAAAUUAAUGAAAAUUUCAAUAGAAGGACCAUCUGAUCUAGAUAAUGAUUUAAAGAAUUUAAUUAUUGAUUGCUGGAAAAGAAAAAAAGUGAGAAGAAUUUCAGUUUAG